AUGAAAACAAACAAUAAAUUGCGACAUAAUCCACCGAAAGGAUGUCUUAACAACGUCAUUCAGCAUAGUCUACGCCUUUUGUUGAAUAAAAGGAAACUGAAGACUAAAUUAGAAUGUUUGAAUGAUUACAAACUUCAGAAAUUUUAUCGACUCAUUUGGUAUUUAAAUGAUCGCGAUAUCAUCAGUCAAUAA